CCAGGGGGGGGGGGACGCUUUCAAAUGGAGGAGAUGCAGGACAACCUGGGUCUUCGCCUCCAGAUCGGCAGCAACCUACUUGUGGGGAGAGAGGAAACGGCGGUACCUGCCCGGCUUUUGGUUUCCCUUUAAAUGGAAACCCGGCCCCCUGAAAUUGACAUAGUCCGCCUUGGCUGUCCAAUCGGCGGCGCCCGGUCUUCGGAUCCUGUUCUUUACAAGUUUCACAUAGCAAGAACGCCGAGGGGAAAGAGAGAGAGAGAGAGAGAGAGAGAGAGAGAGAGAGAGAGAAAGGCGGCCGCGCGCGCGCGAGGAGAGUGUGGAAAAAGGAAAGAGAAAGGAGACGGGAGGAAGGGCGCGCGAGAGCGACCGGCAAUGUGCAGGAAAGGAAGAGAAAAGACAUAUUAGAUCAUGAGCAUGAGCAGAGCUCCGGGCCUUAGUUUUGAAAGCUUUCUCAUCUCCUGUUUAACUCUUUCGGCACCUAAUGUCUUCUUGCCCUUUGGAAUAGAAACCCUGCUAGCUGCUCUCGGGGUUUCUGCAUUGGCGUCCUUUGCUGCAGCUUGGAGAAGCAAGACAUUCGCCCUCUAAAAACAAAAAAAAACCCGUAUUAGUUGUUUCAACGGAGCAGACGGGGGAGGAAGUCGUGCGUUAGCAACCAGAUCCGGGAUGUUAUAGGGGUGCAAAAAGAAGAAAGGCGCAAGGUCGUAUUUCUCGGUAGAUCAUAUGCCACUCGAGCUACAAGUUGGGUGUACCUGCAAGUUGCUCAGCGCGACUGCACGCCCUUUAGAUGCGAGCACGUCCUUAACUCUUCCCUGGCUCCUUGGAUUUGUACCAUGCUCAAGAUCCUUACGAAGAAGCUCAGGAAUCAAAGUUUGAAUGAGAUUCAGCCCUUCCAGUUGAAGAUUUCCUACACACCAAGUGAUGAGGAAGACAGUGAUGAUUCUGAGGGAGAGAACCAGGAACUUGCUCAGAUUGACAGAGAGAGAAGACGGAAUUGCACCUUGACUCCCUUGGCAACCAAUCAACAGCAAAAUCAAGAAAAUCAGUGCUGCAAAGUGCGGGCCCAUUUUCCUUCUGGGCUGGAUCACCAUAGCUCUGAAGAAGAGUUGGAAUGUAUCACCCGUGAAUUUGCUGCUGAGAAACGGAAGUGGUCUCAGGUCAGCAGGUUUGGCUGCUGCAGUGACAGCUGUAAUACCUCCUCCAGUGAUGAGGACGUAAAGACCUUGUGUGGCAAAUCCUUCCGACCAGUCGUCGAAGCUGUGGAGGGUUUGCGUGCCAGUACCAGCCCAGUGCUCUUCAGUGCCUCACCUCCUAAGAGACUGCAGUCCUUGGUACGGACCACAUCAUCCCGGCCUAUAAUUUUUACAAGCGUUGGAGGCAGCUUUGAGCAAGGCAUGCCAUGUAAACGACACCGACAGGGCUAUGGUGACAAAGUCGGGAGACCCAGUCUUGAUCUGGAAAAAAUGCAGCAAAAGAUGCUGUUUAAGAAGAAUUGUGGUACAAAGACAAGGAUCAUCAAAAUUCGCCAUAUCAACAGCAGUCGGCCCUCACCCCACUUUGUGUAUGAUCCAUCGAUUUUUGCCUUCCAAUCCCUGAGCACCUUGAAGCCUUUGAGCCCAAUAGCUCCAGUUGAAGAACCAUCAUGUGCCUACUGAACGAUGUACUCAAAAGUCUCAGGAAU